AUGUGGAAGAGGAAGAGGGAAGAGGCAUGGGAAAAGGGGGAAGAGGAGGAGAAAGGCAUAUUUAGUAAAAGUAAGAAGAUAACGAGGUCACCGGGGAAAGAAGAGGGAAAGAAAGAAGGAGAGCAGAAGGGGAUAGAGAAGGGAGAGGAGGAGAUGAGGAAAUGGAAAAGGGAGAUGGAGGGGGUAAUGAAGGAGGUGAUGAGGAUGGGGUUGGAGGAGUGGAAGGAAGAAAUGAGACAGAUGAAGGAAGAAGUGAAGGAGGGAAUAUUAGACAUAAGGAAGGAAAUGAAGGAGAUUAGAGAUAAGGAGGAGGGGUGGAGGGAGGAGAGGGAGGAAAUGAAAAGGCAUAUAAAGGGAUUGGAAAGGAGAAUAGAAGAGAUAGAGAGAGACGGAGAGAAUGAGAGGGAAGGAGGAAGGAAAGAAGGGAAGGGAGAAGGAGGAAAAAUAGAAAUAAGAAUAAAAGAGAUAGAAAGGAGGAUGGAAAGGAAAGAGAGGGAAGAGAGGAGAAGGAAUUUGGUAAUAAAAGGAAUAGAGGUAAGGGAAGGGAAAAGGAAAGAAGCGGUAGAAGAAUUAAUGAAGGUUAUAGAAGCGAAGGUAAAGAUAGAAGAGAUAUGGAGGAUAGCGGAGGAUAGAGAAAAAGGAAGAGAGAUAGUGGGGAUAAGGCUGGAGAAUGAUGAGAAAAGGAAGGAGAUAUGGGAGAGAAAGAAAAUGCUUAAGGAAGGGAAGGGAGAAGGAGGAAAAAUAGAAAUAAGAAUAAAAGAGAUAGAAAGGAGGAUGGAAAGGAAAGAGAGGGAAGAGAGGAGAAGGAAUUUGGUAAUAAAAGGAAUAGAGGUAAGGGAAGGGAAAAGGAAAGAAGCGGUAGAAGAAUUAAUGAAGGUUAUAGAAGCGAAGGUAAAGAUAGAAGAGAUAUGGAGGAUAGCGGAGGAUAGAGAAAAAGGAAGAGAGAUAGUGGGGAUAAGGCUGGAGAAUGAUGAGAAAAGGAAGGAGAUAUGGGAGAGAAAGAAAAUGCUUAAGGGUAGAAAGGAAAGAAUAGUAGAGGACUGGACAUGGAAAGAAAGGAGGAUGAGAUGGAAAUUGGAGGAGAUAGCCAGGGAAGAGGAAAGGAAAGGGAAAAGUGUAUGGAUAGGAUAUGGGAGAGUAAGAAUAAAUGGGCAAUGGUGGAAGUGGGAUGAGGAGGAGGAGGUGCUAAGAGACGGGAAAGGGUGCACAAAAGUAGGGGGGCAGGGGGAAGGGAGAUUGGGGAGGAGGGAAGCAUGGGAUAGAAGAGAGAAGGGAAAGGGACGGAAAGGUGAGGCGAGAGGACGGGAGGGAAAGGGAGUGGAGAAUAGCCUUCUGGAAUGUGGCAGGGGUGGGAAAUAA